UCCAAUAAACAGUGUCCAAGUGUGAAUUUUAGUUGGUUCCAACAAGCGAAAUAAACUCACGCGCUGUGACACACCGCGCGUAAGUGCACGACGACUGAUCCAUCCCCUUGUCAAGACAGCCACCACCUACAAAAAGAGGUCCACCGUCGUCGUCGUCGUCAACUUUCGCUUGCGCACCAGACGAUUUCUCCGAUGAUGAUUUUCUUCAAGGGUUUAAUCAUCAACUAGAUUCGAAUUCGUUCGUCUCCGACGAGAUCCCCAUGAAUUGCUGCUAGGACAACAAUGGAGGCUCGUCCGGUUCAGAGAUCAGGUUCUAGAGAGCUCAGUAACCUCGCUCGCACUUCUUCAAUCCCAUCUACGCCAAACCCUUCUUCAGCACCAGAAGCUGCUUUCAUGAGACCAGACCACAAGCCAUUAGGACAACAAACCUAUCACUUGCUUUCUUCCAGUAACGGUGGCUCAGUUGGACAUAUAUGCUCUUCCUCAUCAUCUGGUUUCUCUACCAACCUCCAUUACUCAUCUAUGGUGUCUCACGAGAAACACUACGCAGCAGCGUCGAGCAACAAUGAUAGUUCUUGGUGCAAUGGAGGGUUUCUUGAUUUCCCUGCAGACCACCAGGCCGUCCAUAACAGCAGCCAGAUUGAGGACGGUUGCAUUGGUAUCGGCGCGGCGUUUGAUGACAUUCAGAAACCAAACGAUUGGCAAGAAUGGGCUGACCACUUGAUCACCGAUGAGGAUCCGUUACUAUCUACUAACUGGAAUGAUCUCUUGAUUGACACCAGUUCUAAUUUAGACACGAAGGACCAGAAGUCUCUGCAAACCAUCCCACCGCAACCCCAGACUGUUCAGCAGCAACCUUCUCCUUCUGUGUCUGUGGAGCUGCGACCUGUCAGCACAACAUCUUCAAACAGUAAUAACAAGGCACGUAUGCGUUGGACACCAGAGCUUCACGAGGCUUUUGUUGAGGCUGUCAACAGUCUUGGUGGCAGUGACAGAGCAACUCCUAAGGGUGUGCUGAAGAAAAUGAAAGUUGAAGGGUUGACUAUAUAUCAUGUCAAAAGCCAUUUACAGAAAUAUAGGACGGCUAGAUAUAGGCCAGAACCAUCAGAAAGUGGCUCGCCAGAGAAGAAGCUGACACCGCUUGAACAUAUAACAGCUCUUGACUUGAAAGGUGGGAUAGGUAUUACAGAGGCUCUGCGACUUCAGAUGGAAGUGCAGAAGCAACUCCAUGAGCAGCUCGAGAUUCAAAGAAACUUGCAACUCCGGAUAGAAGAACAAGGCAAGUACCUGCAAAUGAUGUUCGAGAAACAAAACUCUGGUCUCGGCAAAGGGACAGCGUCGACAUCAGAUUCACCAUCCAAAUCUGAGCAAGAAGACAACAAGAAGACCGCUGAUUCAGAGGAGCUCGCACCAGAGGAGACCAGGAAAUGCCAAGAGCCAGAAUCUCCACAGCCAAAGCGAGUCAAAACCGACAAUUGAAAGCAUCUAUCUACAUCUACUAGGAACUGGUGUAUUGCUGGAUCGUUUUUCCAGAGUUUUAACAGUUAUAGAGAUAGAGAGAGAGAGAGAGAAAGAGAGCUCUCGUAUCUUGAGGGUCUUCAGGACUUCCUUCUGUCUCUACUGUUUCAACUAUUUUUCCGAUGGAAGACUCUCUCAACUCUGCUGUGUAGACAAAGAAGAAACCAAAAACAAAAAUAAGAGUUCGUUGAGAGAAUCUUCAUCAUUUGAAUGUAAUCUAAAUGCUGUAACUCGUCGUUAGUUUACGGAUACAGAUUCUGUGUUUUAAUACUUUUUUUUUAAUAUGUAACCCUCAGUUUGUUUUCUUCUA